AAGUAAAGAUGGCAGCGCCCAAGAAACGCGAAUGGCGGUUGCAGUAGUUUACGUAGUUGAGCCAUAGCCGCCAUAGCCUAUGGUUGAGCCAUAGUCUCCAUGGCCAUAGUAGAGGAGACGCAUCCCGGACGCUCGCACUGUCACCGUGUGCAGGUUUUCCGCGUCAGUCGUCCUUAUUAUCCUGAAUUAUCAACGUACUAACCCUGCGUGUGUGGCUUACGUUUCCAAGAAUACUACUGGACGGAGAACCUCGUCCAUCACCAUGCUAGCUGUUUGCGCUGCUCACGGCUAAACGAGCAUCGCCGGUGAUGUACUCUUUCACGACGUACUCUUUCACGAUGUGCUCUUUCACGACUUCCCAUAUGAGAAAAAAACAAUCUCCACAGUGGACAGCUGCUGUGAAAUGAAGUAACUUCAAGCCUUCGAUUACCACUGCUCUCUACUCAAAACAUUUUCGUGACAGUGACUACCAUCAGAUUUUAUCGCUGAAGCGUAAUGGGAACACCGGCGAAACCUGCUCGAGCAAGGCCUGGCGUGGUGCCGUCGAUCUUCGUUUAUGAACGGAACGAAUCGCAGGAACCGAAAGCAGCAUUCUCGAAGAGGCCAGAACAUGAGAUUGUUAGACAGUUGCUCUCCGGAGACAUUACCACCGGCCGCACGCCAGGACCAAGUCAGUGUAGCGAAAGAGAUCAAGAUGACAUUGCAGUAGAGCCAGUACAUCAGGCAGCAGUGGGUCUGGCUUGUGAGUUGGGACAGGCUGUAGAAACAUCACCAGAGGCAGCAUGUGAAUUGAACCAUGUUUCAGAUAAAUCUUUUCAAGUGCGAAUACCAACCAGCCAGAAAGCAUCACAAGCAAAUGGAAUGAAAAUUCUGUCAUCAACUGCUACACAAACAGAACCAAAUAUUGUUUCUUCAGGCUCCUUCUCUUUUGUGUCCUUGGAACGGUCUUCUUUCUUGGGAUGUGUACAAGGCCGACUUCAGUCCUGCCUGCAGUGCAGCUAUGUGACCCUGGACAAAUCGACUAUGGACAGGCACCUUCAGAAACACAUGGGAAAGCAGCCUUGUGAGGCACAUCCGCGUGCACAACAAGAGAGCAGCCCUUUUGCUGUGUCCACUGCAAUGGGACCUUUCUGCUGGAAAACAGCCUCAUGA